CGCGCCGCGCCGGGCGGGGGCGCCGGGCCGCGGCGGCAUGGAGCAGGCAGCGCCCAAAAGCAAACUGAAGAAGCUAAGCGAAGAUAGCUUAACUAAGCAACCCGAAGAAGUCUUUGAUGUUCUGGAGAAACUUGGGGAAGGAUCGUAUGGUAGUGUGUUUAAAGCAAUACACAAAGAAUCUGGACAAGUUGUAGCAAUUAAACAGGUGCCUGUGGAGUCAGAUCUUCAAGAAAUAAUUAAAGAAAUCUCUAUAAUGCAACAAUGUGACAGUCCCUACGUUGUCAAGUAUUAUGGCAGCUAUUUUAAGAACACGGACUUGUGGAUUGUUAUGGAAUAUUGUGGGGCUGGCUCUGUUUCAGACAUUAUUAGACUUCGCAAUAAAACGCUAACAGAAGAUGAAAUUGCAACUAUUCUUAAAUCUACGCUUAAAGGACUUGAAUAUUUGCACUUUAUGAGAAAAAUACACAGAGAUAUAAAGGCUGGAAACAUCCUUCUUAACACUGAGGGGCAUGCAAAAUUAGCUGACUUCGGUGUUGCUGGCCAGUUAACAGAUACGAUGGCAAAACGUAAUACUGUUAUAGGAACUCCGUUUUGGAUGGCUCCUGAGGUAAUACAAGAGAUCGGCUACAACUGUGUGGCAGACAUCUGGUCCCUCGGUAUCACUUCGAUAGAAAUGGCUGAAGGAAAGCCUCCAUAUGCUGAUAUUCAUCCAAUGAGGGCUAUUUUUAUGAUUCCUACAAAUCCCCCUCCAACAUUCAGGAAGCCAGAGCUCUGGUCUGAUGAAUUCACAGAUUUUGUGAAGAAGUGUUUAGUGAAAAAUCCUGAACAGAGAGCUACAGCAACACAGCUUCUACAGCAUACAUUUAUUAAGAAUGCCAAGCCAGUUUCAAUUUUAAGGGACCUGAUUACUGAAGCUAUGGAAAUAAAAGCAAAGCGACAUGAGGAACAGCAGAGAGAACUAGAAGAAGAAGAAGAAAAUUCGGAUGAAGAUGAGCUGGACUCUCACACCAUGGUGAAGACCAGUUCAGAGAGUGCUGGUACCAUGAGGGCCACAAGCACAAUGAGUGAAGGUGCUCAGACAAUGAUUGAACACAACAGCACUAUGUUAGAAUCAGACUUGGGGACCAUGGUGAUAAAUAGUGAUGAUGAUGAAGAGGAAGAUGGGACCAUGAAAAGAAAUGCUACUUCACCACAAGUACAAAGACCGUCUUUCAUGGACUACUUUGAUAAACAAGAUUCCAAGAAUAAAAGCCCGGAAAACUGUAAUCAGAACAUGCACGAAUCUUACCACAUAUCCAAAAAUGUUUUCCCCGAUAACUGGAAAGUCCCUCAAGAUGGAGACUUUGAUUUCUUAAAGAAUCUAAGUUUAGAAGAACUACAGAUGAGAUUAAAGGCUUUGGACCCUAUGAUGGAACGGGAAAUUGAAGAGCUUCGUCAGAGAUACACUGCAAAGAGGCAACCUAUCCUAGAUGCAAUGGAUGCAAAGAAAAGACGACAACAAAAUUUCUGAAUUUGUUUUACUUUUGUUCAGAGAUAAUGUCAUGAGUCAGUGUGGACACUGGUAACUGUAAGUCUGAAGGAAUUCUGAGAAUUUUUUUUUUUUUAAGAAAGCGACCUUUCAAAUUUUCCUUCACAAAUGAUGACAAUUGGAGCAGUGAAAGAGCAUACAUAUGCUAUUCUGCAAAGGCAGUAAAGCACAUUACCACUUGUUAUAUUUUCAAAUGUUUGAUGUAAUAGAAGUUCAGUCUAUUACUUCCUAAUCUUUUUUUCAACUGUAUAGUGGUAAUUUUGUGUUGUACAUUAGGAGUUGUGUUUUGGAGCCCCUGGAACUAUUUCUUGAUUGUGCAACACUACAGAGCCUUAUGUUGCAAUAUAUUUUGCUCUCAUUUAGUAGCAUAUUUAUUAUGUAAUCUUUGGUUAUCCUAUUUAUUUUAUGCCUGUUUACGUUUUUUAUUAGGAAGUGUUAGGAUAAUAUAGUGGAGAGCAGAGCCAGGUCAGAUAAAAUUGGUAUUGUAGUAUGAUACAAAAGCUCACCACUAUAUUGUCUUCUAAAACUCCAAUUUCAGCAAGCAUCUUAAUUCAAGACAGCACUUGAAUGUGUAUCCAGUCUGUUCAGAUCGAUAAGAUUUAAGCAUAAACUAAAUGAUAGGCACAUGUCUUACUGCUGUCCUGAAUCAAGGACUGUGGCUGUGGUUGAGCAAUGUAGUUGUUAUACUAGAGAGAGUUCUUUUAGAGAGUAUUUCUGUCAUCUUUACGCACACUGAGUGAUCUCUUACUAAACAAGAAAACAAGUGCCUAGUCAGUUUUGAUUUUCCGGAAUUCAGGAGAAGCAAUAAUUGCAGUCACUCCUACAGUGUAGAUUUCCAAUUGCUAUUGCAGUUUGGAGCAGUAGAAACUCCUGUUUUGCACCACAAUUUUAUAAUGAAGUAACAAUGACACUUUUUGGAUCUUUUUUUUUUUUUUUUGGUUCAUUUAAUUUUUUAUCACUGUCUUGGGAGAAGAGGAAGUUAUUGGUGGUUUGGUUUGGUUUCACAUUAUAGACAUUAAGGGAUAGUAAUUUUAAAAGCCAAAGAAAAUCAACCGAAUAUUUAAGUACUAAAAAGAAGCAGUGUUUUGCAGUACUCUGAGGGCUCUGUCCUGCAAUCACUAAGCGUUAAAAACUCCUGUAGUCUUCUGUGGAUAUAUCUUGGGGAAUCAGAAAUACAGGAUCAAGCUCUUAGUAUCUUUUUACAGGUUUUCUCUCUGGUUCAUGUUGUGUUAUAUCUAGUAGGUAGAAUUUACCAUAUUGCAAGAAAUAGUUCAGACUUAGCAGAAAAUGUGAUCCACUUUCUGAACUAUCUACUGUGUUCUCUGUUGAUAUCUUUACAAUUGUUGCCUUUUAUGUAAUUAACUUUACUGUGAUAGUCAUAUUUCUUUAAACAAUACGGCUGAAGAGAUCUUUACUUGCAGCCUUCAACUGUUCAUUUUUUAAUGGUGACUACUGUAUGGGCAUCUUCUGUUAAAUAUUUUCUGGAAGUUAGUAAUCAUCUCAUACCUCUUAACAUUUACUGUCAUCAUACAUGGACCAUUCAGAUGGAACAGUGCAGAUUUUGGAGAUGGUGCAGUGUAUUACAGAGUUUAAGCAAAAGGGAAACAAAAUUUUAAACAGUUCAGCAUAUUACAGCGUGCUGGGACCAGAGUUUGCUUUUGAGCUAUCUACAGCCGUUGUUGUCAGUUGUCGUUCUGUGCAUGUGUUUGUGUGCACACCACGCUCUAACAUGUAAAGUCAAAUAAAUUUUAAUUGUGAUUAUUAAAACAUCCUUAUCCUCAGCUCUCUUUAUGCUUCCUAAAAUAAUGAUCAUCCCUUACAAAGAAAUAAGAACACAGAAGAGCCAUAAAAAUUACUUUAAGCAAAAUAAAUACACUUUGUAGUCUUAGGUCUCACAUUUAUACAAUGAAAUGUCAAGUAAAAAGUAUAAUCAUAUCACUGUAUCAUUUGAUUAUAAUGAUAAUGCAACAAAAACCAGCAUCAACUCCCUUAAUUAGUAGUUAUUUAUGUAAAAUUUAUUCCCAAUUCCUGAACUUUCUGUUCUCAAAAACUCUGUUAUUUAUACACAAAAGCAAAUGUAUGAAACAGAAAGAUUUAAGCCAUCAGGGGUGAAAACUAACUUGUCUUUUAUUGGUAUAGGCAUAUCAAUACCAAGCAAAAUGUCACUGUGCAGCAUUCUUAUUUGCAUCUUUAGUAGUUUUCUUUUCCCUUACUCUCUUAAACUUACACACUGAUUUUGAAUAAUGUAGCAGAAUACACACUGUAGUAUAGUGAUCACAAUUUUCAUAUUUUCUGUCAUGGACAUUUUUGCAAUGUAGUGCACGAAAUACUAAAUGUUAAGCCCCAGAGGGAUCUAGUAAAAGGCCAUUUUAGACUAGAGCUGUUGCAGUCUAACAUCUGAAAUGUAUCAGAAGAUGAUGGACAUCUUUUUUUUACUCCUGAUCUGUAUGCAUAGAAGCAAUUUGACUAAAUUUUGUGCAUGUGCAUGCAUCCAGUUAUGGAUUAUACACACAAGAGAAAAAUCUAAAAGAGUGGAAUAAAUCAAAAUUCUGAUGAGAUACUUAAAAUGGCUGAAAAAUAACUUCUGAGUUGUUUGGAUAGAUGCAGGAAGUCUUGAGACCAAAGAGUACUUCCAGCAAUUAAUACAGAAUUAGUGGUGUUGCCAUCUGAUAUGGUACACACUCUAGUCAAUAUAAAGCUGUCUUUGGCUUCAGAAGCCAGCUUAUCAGGCUCUAAAUUAAAUAUAGGAAUAACAUACAGAACUAGAUUUUGUAUUAAGAAAUGGAUACAAUUUAUCUUUUCUUCUGUUCUUGUAAGUGACUCAAAUCAUCUCUGUGAAUGACUACACAUCUCCACUGGUGAAUGAGCAUCCCUAUAAAGGAAAGUAGAUAGUGCAAUAAAUAAGAUAUUUUAAUAGCAAAGAAAGACUUGCAGCAAAUCUAAUAGAACUACUGACAAGUUAACUUUCAAUAAGGUUUUAACCCAGCAUUUUCUUGUUUGCUUCUGAUUCUGUAUGUUUAAGUUAGUAAGUUGAAAAAAAAAUGACCAAACAAAAAAACCCACUUGUAAUGAAAACUAAUUUCUUAGGUAUAAUUAUUGUCUUGUUCAUUCUAACUGAAGCUAAAUUGUGUUAAUAAUAACUAUUAAAGUUCAUUUACAUAGCCUUCUCUCAUGCUUAAAUUUCCUUUCUAUAAUAUUGUGAGCCCAGCUGUGAGCACAGAUAACCGUAUCUCUAAAAGUCAGGUAUGGAGAGGUUUUUUCCACCUGAAGACAUUCAUGCAAGCUCCAGAAGUCUGGGGAUCAUCAUGGAAAGGAAUAAUAGGCCAGUCUCAGGACAGGAAUCCCUCUCUGCAGCCUAAGCUUGCUAAAAGCCUAAUCCCGAGAGCGCUGAGCAGUCCCCCAACAUGGUGACGGCUGGAGGUAUUCAUAGACAUCCUUUGCCGAAGGUGCUAGCAGACAUUAGCAGCUUUAGGUGCACUUUUGAUUUCCUAGUGCAAUGAGAACAGUAGUUAACGGAGGGUCUUCACUAGGGAAAGCUGCCCAUGUAUUUUCUGGGUUUUUUUUUUUUAAGUAUUCAUUCUGUUCUAAGAAUCUGUCCAUAAAGACUCUCUAGUAAAAGAGACUCAUGAGCCAAACUCCUCAGCGAAAUGCAUUAUGUUUGAAGUGACAAAAUUCUACUGCUAAUAUGAAUUAAUCUGACAGCUAUUGGAUAUUAUAAUUAUUUACUGCUUAUCCACAAUAAAUAAUAGCUUGUCUGUAUUUGCCAAGGUAUAUUCAGAUGAGAGAACAUAAUGUACAAUGACUCAGACUGCUGCUCUGUUCAUCUGCACCAUGCAUUGAACUUCCUGGUAUAAAAAUGGCUGGUUAUGAAGGGCUCAGUGCACAAGUACAGGAGAUAACGUUAGUGACCAUUUUGGGGCACUGGUGCUUCUAAACGGAAUGUAUAUUGUAAAAGGUCUGUCAAACACUCUGUAUGCACACUGCUUUACCAGAAUGUGACAGGAUGAGGGCUGAAUUUUCUAAGUGUAUGCUUGGUUACAAAACUAUAAUUAAAAAGACCUUAUAACACGAAGAAA